AACUCGGCUCGAUUCGAGGACGAGAGUGGUGGAAGCGAUGGAAGCUUAACCGAUACUCCCGAUACUCCCGAUACUCCUCGUUCCCUGGCUCAUUGCAAUUUCCUAGGCGCGCCUGCUAGUAAACUGAAAUUCAGGUUCAGCGUCUCAAACAAACCUUGGAACACUCCCUUUCCCAUUGUUGCAUUUUACGUUCAAUCCUCAACCCCAAAUACAUUAAUCCGUAACCAUGGCUGCUGAAUGGAAGCAAGGCACAUUUGGAUGUUUAGACGACUGCGAGAUUUGCCUUUGUGGCAGCUUCUGCACCUGUUGCCUGAUCUGCCGAAACGCCAAUGAUUUGGGCAAAAGUGGACUGAUUUGUGGGGUGUUGUCGUGCUUUUUCCCUUGUAUUCCACUCUUUUGCCUUCGAGGAGAAGCCAGGGAGAGAUACGGAAUCGAUGGAAGCGUGGCGGGUGAUGCAGUGUGUUCAUUCUGUUGUCCAGCCUGUGUGAACUGUCAGACAGGCGCAGAAAUCAAGACCAGAGGGGACCAUAACUAGACAAGCAAGGUUGAUGUGGACGACUUGAAUUAAGUGGAGAUCGUUCCUGGUUGGUCCUGAAUCAACCACACCAAACUGACCAACCAAUGAAAGCUCUCACUCAAUGUACAUCGACACACCAAUGCUUUUGAAUAUUGAUGUCUUGAUGCCACUUCAAUCUGCCAUGAUCAUGAACUGAUUUCUAUUUUCAAUUCUGCCUACGCAUUGUAUGUGCACCUCUAUCAUUUAUCGCAACUAUUCGAACAAUUUCAAGCGUAUUUUCCCGUCCUCCCAAUAUUAUCUAUUAUUGUUGCUAUGUGGCGAGCAUAUAUGAAAAUCGAAUCAAUAAAGGCCUUAUCGCUAAUA